ACGUCCACGUUAGCUCCAGCGUUAGCUGCUGUUACCUGCUUUAGCCACGAUGGCUAAUCACUUGAAACAGUUGUUAUGAAACGACCUGUCACGCUUUACGGUUCACACACACACACAGACUCAUGAAUGAUGUAGUUUUUUUGCCUGUUGCUGGUUCUGGAGAUACAGUUUAGCGGAAUAUCUUGGUGGACAAACCUAAUGAUCAGUCUUCCAGGUGGUCGUCUGAGAGCAACUACCCUCCACAGUUUUUAAUCUUGAAAUUGGAAAGGCCGGCGAUUGUUCAGAGCAUCACCUUCGGGAAGUAUGAGAAGACUCACGUCUGCAACCUGAAGAAGUUUAAAGUGUUUGGUGGGAUGAGUGAAGAGAACAUGACAGAGCUUUUGUCCAGUGGCCUUAAGAAUGACUACAACAAGGAAACGUUCACCUUAAAGCACAAGAUCGACGAGCAGAUGUUUCCCUGCCGAUUCGUCAAAAUAGUGCCUCUGAUGUCUUGGGGUCCUAGUUUUAAUUUCAGCAUCUGGUACAUUGAGCUGCACGGUAUCGAAGAUCCUGACGUGGUGCAGCCCUGCCUUAACUGGUACAGCAAGUACAGAGAACAGGAAGCCAUCCGCCUUUGCCUCAAGCACUUCCGACAGCAUAACUACACAGAGGCCUUCGAGUCACUGCAAAAGAAGACCCGGAUAGCACUGGAGCACCCGAUGCUCACCCACCUGCACGACCGGCUGGUGCUGCAAGGAGACUUUGACGCCUGCGAGGAGCUCAUAGACAAAGCUGUGAGAGAUGGUUUGUUUAACCAGUAUAUCAGCCAGCAGGAGUACAAGCCCAGGUGGAGUCAGAUCAUCCCGAAAUGCAACAAAGGUACAAGCGCCCAAGAAAUCAACCGAGACGACAUGAACAGUGAUGGCGACGACAACCGGCCGGGCAUGCGGGGAGGACAUCAAAUGGUCAUUGACGUCCAGACUGAGACCGUGUACUUGUUUGGGGGCUGGGACGGCACACAGGACCUGGCUGACUUCUGGGCUUACAGCGUGCAGGAGAACCAGUGGGCCUGCAUCUCCAGAGACACUGAGAAAGAGAGUGGUCCAAGUGCUCGUUCAUGCCACAAGAUGUGCAUUGACUCCCAGCGGCGUCAGAUCUACACGCUGGGUCGGUACCUGGACUCCAGUGUCAGGAACAGCAAGUCGUUGAAGAGCGACUUUUACCGCUACGACAUCGACGCCAACACCUGGAUGCUACUCAGCGAGGACACGUCAGCUGACGGCGGGCCAAAGUUGGUGUUUGACCAUCAGAUGUGCAUGGAUUCAGAGAAGCACAUGAUCUACACAUUUGGCGGUCGCAUCCUGACAUGUAACGGCAGCGUGGAGGACAGCCGGACCUCAGAGCCUCAGUUCAGCGGCCUGUACGCCUACCACUGUCAGGCCGGAACGUGGAGCCUCCUGCGGGAAGACUCGUGUAAUGCCGGGCCAGAGGACGUCCAGUCCCGCAUCGGACACUGCAUGCUCUUCCACACUAGAAACCGCUGUCUGUACGUGUUCGGAGGUCAGAGGUCAAAGACGUACCUCAAUGAUUUCUUCAGCUACGACGUGGACGGCGACCAUGUAGAGAUCAUAUCUGAUGGCACCAAGAAGGACUCAGGCAUGGUGCCGAUGACGGGCUUCACCCAGAGAGCCACCAUCGACCCUGAGCUGAACGAGAUUCACGUCCUGUCGGGCCUCAGCAAGGACAAGGACAAACGUGAGGAGAACGUCCGCAACUCCUUCUGGAUCUACGACAUCGCCCGCAACAACUGGUCAUGUGUGUAUAAGAAUGAUCAGGCAGUGAAAGAAAACCCGAGUAAAGCUCUGCAGGAGGAGGAGCCGUGUCCACGCUUUGCACACCAGCUGGUCUAUGAUGAGAUGCACAAGGUUCAUUACCUUUUUGGUGGAAACCCCGGGAAGUCUUGUUCUCCCAAGAUGCGCCUCGACGACUUCUGGUCCCUCAAACUAUGUCGGCCCUCCAAGGAGUACCUGCUCCGCCACUGCAGAUACCUCAUCAGGAAAUACAGGUUUGAGGAGAAAGCCCAGUCAGAACCACUGAGUGCACUAAAAUACCUGCAGAACGACCUUUCACUCACCGUGGACCACACAGACCCUGAUGAGACCAAAGAGUUCCAGCUUCUGCCCUCGGCUCUCUUCAAGUCCAGCUCCGAGUUCAUCCCCCUGGGUUUCUCUGACGUGGACCAGACGUACGCCCAGCGGACGCAGCUCUUCGACACGCUCGUCAACUUCUUCCCUGACAGCAUGACUCCACCCAAGGGCAACCUGGUAGAUCUCAUCACGCUUUAGCCCCCUUUCUCACCCCACUGGCACAACCCACCCCUCCCCCAUCACCUCACCCACUGGACUGACUGAACAACCCACCCAUCCAAGCACCUGAUGGGAUGGAGGAGACACAGAUCCAGUUAUUUUUCUAUAUUCCUGAACCCUCCGGGCGGGAUUACACUUCAUCUGGAACCUUCUGCUGUCCGGCGAUGGUCUUAAAACACACCCUUGAAACAACACUGUGGUGUCUGAGCAAAACUCCACGACCUGAGGUGUGUGUGUGUGUGUUUUCCUUUUCCCAAGACAUCCCAUUGGUUUUUCUUGCUGACGAAGCACGUAAAGCCCCUCUAAACUCUGCCAAACAAGGCUUGUGUUUUUCAUCUUCACUUUUUUUUCACCCUAGAAAAGAUGAGGCCAAAAAAAAGAGGAUUUGCUCGCAUUUGUUUGCAGUCGUUUUUCAUAGAUCUUUUUUCCUUUUUGUCAGUGGAUUUCUGUUCUGUACCCACACAGUCGACCACAUGUUCGAAGCAAAACCAAUGGCGUCGGUUCAGACCAAUUAUUACGAAGGUUUAAGUUCACAUUCACCAGUUUAAUUUAUUUGAAGACAGGCCGGUGCGACCGCAACACGGGUAACCGCUCCACUCUCUGCAGGUACAAGCCGCUCUCCACCGUUCUUUUGGUCAAAUUUCAGCAUUGCUCCUGCAAAGUGUCACGUAAACGCUCAUCUUGAUGAUUUGGUCAGCUUGCCUUCCUGUAACACAUACCCCUAUUUAUGAUCGUGACGGCAACGCAAAGGCAAAAAAAAAAAAAAACAAACCAAAAAAAAAGUCAAAUGUAAUAGUGUUGUAUGAACAAUAGAGGAAUGAUUCUAUGAGAUAAAGUUUAAUAUAUAUCUAAAUAUACCUUUUUAUCUUUUUGGUUGUUAUCCCUGUAAAAGUGGUCAAUUUGGAUUUCCUACAGGAGACACACGAUGAAUAUUUUUUUCCCUAAGUAAUUAAUGGACUGUAACUUCAUUCUAAGUAAACGCUGUACAGAAUAUGUAAAUAUACAUAUAGGACAUUUCUGGAGCAGAUUCUGUGCUGGAUCGUGUUCUUUAUCGUCCCUCUUCCUCCAAAGGCCAGGGUCCACAUAUAGUAACUUUCUGGCUCUACAUUUAAUACUCAUUCUGACUCCAUUUGGAAGAAAACAGUUGGUGUGCGUGUGAAUGAAGUGCUGGUGCCAGUAAUCCAGUUUGACAAUUCAGAGUGAUGACAGGAUGUUCCUUCAGUGUGAUGAAUUAAUGAGUGAAAUAUUCUUUUUUUUUUUCCCUAAAAAAUCCAUGUCCCCUGAACAGAUUUGUGACGUAAACAGCAGCGUCAGUAGAACCAGCGUAGCCUACCUGUCAUCUGUCCCAACCAUGUAAUGUAGAAGCACGUAUACCAUGGCCGCAGCAAAAUGCCCUAAAUCAUCAAAUUAUGAACACUAGUUGGUAUUUCAAUUCCAUAAGUAAAAGUUACUCAUGUUGAUGUUGGCAGUGUUGGUUCAGCACACUGAAAUAUCUCAACAACUCAUGAACAGAUUGAGACGAGAGUUAUAACCUACUGAUGUGUCAUGUAGUGCCACCAUGAGGCUGACAGUCCACCAUAUUUACACAUUCGUGGUCCCCAGAGGAUGUAUUGAAUGUACAAACCAUAAGGUUUAUCAAAUGCGGUUUGAACAUUCAUUCCCCCACAACUCUGUUUCUGUCCAAAACUUCACUGCAAAACUACUGACAUUCCCAUGAUUCUCAGCUGUACUUUAUACCUGCUAAAGAUCAUACUGAUGUUAGCAUUUAGCUCAAGCUCACAGUGUGAUCCCGCCUUUCUGUUUUCUGAAUUAAAACUACUCCCUGUACCGCAGAAUUGUUAACCCACAUGUCACGAUUCACUCAAAUAUGAAACAAAUUUCUCACCGAGCUAUUCAAAUCUGUUAUUGGACACACGCAGCUCUUUAGCUAAGCCUUGCUGUGGCGUCCUUCUCUGAUCAUUUCAACUCUGUUCUUUUACUGUUAGUGAGAUCACAUCUGCCAAUCAGAAUCUACAACUUUGAGUGGCCAUGGUAUAAGUUGAUCACAGACAUGAGCUGGUUUUGGUUCACACACUGUCUGCCUGUUGCAUCUUUUUUUUUUUUUUUUUUUACACAUCCUACAAAGACUGAACACCAGAGGAGCUCUGUUCAGAAAGUUAUUUAUUGUUUCUGAUAACGUAAUACUUGAAUUACUCACAUAGGAAGAGUGUGAAACUGCUGAUUUGUAGCUCAACUGUCAGUCCACCACCAACACUAACAGGAAUGUCUUUCACAGUUUCAGAAAAAGAAAAAAAAAGUCAUAUCUGUUGUAACGACUUGUUCAAGGACACUUCAGAAGGACGUGAGCUCACAAAGCGGCAGUGCUUUGAGUUAAAGUUGAAAAGUUUACCUCUGCUGUCACCAAAUCAUUAAGGAGUCUGUGUACAUCGGUGCUUACUGGUCACUCCGUUUGUCAGUUUUCUUGUUUAUCGUCUUGCGUGACUCUCAGUCAAACACUUAGGGAUUGUUACCCAGCGUUCAUUGGUCAGGUGAAAGCAACAAGUGAUUGUCUCUCCCGGUCCUACGUUUAGAAACAUCAGGACACUGCGUGACUUGACAUCCCUGGCAAACCUGCUAUGACUGUUAACCACUAUUUGUACAUAAGUGUUUAAUGUACAGGAUCAGUACUAUUUCUAUCUACGAGCUUGAAGAACAUCGAGGACUUCAUUAGGUCAGCGUGAAAGGGGUUCAGAGAUGGUUUGUUCAUUGUGUAACUUAAUCGCGGGGGGUAACAUCCGUAAUCCGAGUGAAAUUCAGCGUUUACUGAGGCUUGAGAUCAGACAUGAGUUAGUUUACCUAUGAGUCACUCUUUAGUAGCAUUUUACAGACCAUGAUUUACAUGUAAUACACUUAUUUUGAAAUUGAAGGACCAUACUGGUGUUUUUCAUCGGAAAGACCGUAUCAUUACAAAUCAUGUAAAGUAAAAGUGAGCCUCAACUACAUCGUCCUAAAUAUUGGCCUCAUUUUGUCUGAUUUCAUCAUUAUAUUAGCGAACAGUAAACCCAAAAGCUCCUUCAACACUUGUUACUGUUUGAGUAUUUCCAGAAUCUUCCGAAGAAAGAAAUAUUUCAUCACUGCGAGAUUUUUAAACUCUUAUACAAGAUGUGAUUCUAUUUCUUCAUCCAGGGAGCUGGAAAAAAACAACUACUAAUAAAUAUAACAAAAGAAAAAUAUAAAAUAACACUCCUGUGUAAAAAUAAUAACUCUUUCAUGUCACAAAUUAAGCAAAGACAUUUUAUCAACAUCGGGAAGCAGUUUUGUUAGAAUAUUCUGGAAAUACUGUGAUAACAGUAACAAGUAUGUACAGUAGUUCUUAUAUAAUAUAUAGUUAAAGGGUCAGUGAUGUUCUUCAUAAAUUCAAAUGUGUUUGCCAACAUUAGCUGCUGGAUGAGAAGUGUAACUUAGAGUAAUGAACAAUAAUAAUACAAACAAAACAAGACAUUACUCACUGUGAUGUAUGUCUGAUACACUAAACAUGAAGCUACCAGUUAGCUUAGCAUCAAGACUGUGAAUGUGGGGAGAAACAGCCGGGUCUUGUCCGAGGUUAAUAAAUCUGCAUCGUCACCCCCUGAAAGCUGGAAAGAUGCUAAGUUGGUGAUCGCUUUGAAUUUAGCUCGCAGGCAUGAGCGUGGCGUCAGAUCUUCAAGUCUGACUUUUGGAAAUUUGGGCAAGUCUUCCUUUUAAAGAUACAUGAUUUGAAAUGAGCUAAAAACAAACUGCAGUAUGGUCCUUUAAAUCAGACAUGAGCUGUUUAUUUACAGCAAGUGAAACACGUCUGAGUGGAAAUGUUUGCUUUACUUUUGAAAGCGCUUAACGUGGAAUUCUGAAUGAUUUCAGCCGGGAGGCGUCGCUUUGUGUUGUGGUAUUAAACUCAUAAUGUGCUUAGUUAUGCUCAAACAGAGAAUUUUCCGUUAAGUGCACUAUUGUAAAAAAUGUCAAAUCUCCUCAGGAUGUUGUUUACCAUGAUUGUUGGCUUGCUCUGCUGCCGAUCAUCACUGUAAAUAACCUCGCUGGUGUGUUUCCAUUGUCUGCCAGUUUCAGCAACGCUCCACCUUCACACUCAGGUUAUCUCACACAGUUUAGCAUCGUCAGGCAGCGAUAGAGGCGGCCUGGCACUCAGGCAGAUAACAUUUCAUUCCCUAAAUUGAGUUGAGGAAAGUGAAACUUCUACCAGUUUACCAUGGUAGAGAAUUCAUGUUUGUUUUGUUGGAGGACGGGAUGUGCAUCGGUGUCCGUUCAUGUAUAUUUUUGCCCUGAUACUGACUGGAUGGAAACAGAUCAGUGAUUUAAAAAAGAAGACAUCAGAACAAAAAAAAGAAUGUGUAGCUCAGAAAAGGACAAUGCUAUGCGAGGGAUUACUCACGAUAUUUUGACGAUAUUUAGGGCUCACCAUGCUUGCCACAGCGUUUCUUUGUUUUGUGCCAGAAGGAAACUCUUUUAAAAGACUAAUUGAAAAGCACCUUUGUAAAAGAAAAAAAAAACACAAUGCCAAAUACUACUUUUCUUUUUGCUAUUUUAGGGCAAACAUCCUCCACAAUAAUGUUUGCUGGAUGGAGUGUUAUCUUUUCAUUUUCUCUUUCUUUUUUUUUUUUUGUUCUUUCCAUCUCGCCCUUCUCUCGACCCCUGGGUGGUUAGAGGGAGUUUUAAGGCUGGUACUCUCCGAUCAGUGAGCACUACUCUGUGGAUACAGUGAAUGUGUAGAAAGCCUUGUAGUAUUGCAUUGUAUGUAAUGUAUAUAAUGAAUAAAGAUUGUAUUUUGUUCA